AUGGACGAGCUCCUGCACCACUGUCUGCGAGAGCUUUCAUUUGACGGAGACCUUGGCUCCAAUCCCUCGCGUUUGAAGGAUUUCAUCGUUGAUUUUUACUCCCACAACUCUUCGUCUGCCGCACAAAAUACCGACGAUUCCUUUUGCGCUUUCGUAUGGUCACUCGUAGUUCAGCAGCCAAAUGUUCUUGUCGGUACUAAGCCAGCUGGGGUAAACUCUGAAGUCUGGAUAGCACCACAGACUAGUGCUAAGCGAAAGGCAAACGCCAAGGGGGAGGCCUUUGUUGAAACUCGUCCUGCACAGCUUGAAACUAUCGCAGACGCAAAGUCUCGUACUCUCGAAGGCCUGAUCAAAGAAUAUGGAGACGACUUGCGCAUUGCAGUCGAUCCGGACUCGAUAUAUGCCGCAAUAACCGGCUCGCACAUCAGGGUGAGCGUUAAGCCAUUGAUUGAAUUCUCAAUUUUUUCAACAUUAAAUGCAAAGUUCCCAAAAAUGAGCCCUAUGGUCUAUUCAGCGCUCCAAAUAAUCACUCGUGGCCGAGAUAAUGGUGUCUCAGUCGUCGAACUCGGACAGCGAUCUAAAUAUGACCAAAAAACAUGCUUCUAUCUCGUGAGGCAGCUAACGGAGCUUGACUUAGUUGUCAAGGUUCGCAGAGGAGGGGUUGGUACCCAUUUUUGUAUACAUCGGUACUUUUUCGAUCGCAGUCCGUCCUGGAAGGCGAUACGCGACGAAGAGAACAAUGCGGCAGCGCUCCUGAAGCCUGAGUUCCCUCUCGGCGAUGCCGAAGCUGCAGACGAGGACAAUAUCCCUCCUGAAAUCCGGGCCCUCAACUUCACACCCAUUGAUGCCCGUCAUCUUUCCAGUCUACCACUCAUCCGGGCUCGCGUCCUUAAUCUACUCAAAGUAUCAAAAAACCAGAUACAUCCCGCAAACAAUUUGAUUAUAACUAUCGGAUUUAAGCACCCUACCAAGACCGAUCGAAGAUUUUUCCAAAGUCGUAUCCGCGAAAUGAUCCAAGAAGGCAUCAUCGAGAAGGUGGUUGUCCCUAACAGGAAAAAGAAUUCAGCAUCGUCUGUGACCUGUUUUCGACUGGUGGAAGAGGAGGUCCAAUCGAGAGCUCGAGGUCCAGUGGCUGUGCCGGACGCGGAUGACGACGAAGAUAAUGAAACUGAACAAGGCGGCGUCAAAAUUAAUACCACGAUACACAAGCAAAUCAUCGAUCUCUUGGAGGAAUCGGGGACUAAAGGAAUGACGCUCAAUGAACUUUCUGCUGCCUUGUGCCAUUUCGACAAGAGGACAAUAGAGCUUCUUCUUACUCGCGCUGAGAAGGUUCGGCCGCCUCCGCAUUUGAGUGAUCUCGGUAUCUCUGGUCUUAUGGAGACGUUUGGACGGGAGCGGCGACACAGAUACUACACUGUGUCUGCCUACCAUUCUCUGGUAUCCCAGGAAAAUUUAGAUACAUCGUCUGCAAGGCUUGCGGAAGUGGACUUUGGAGAGUCGGGCGGGUUCAUGCCUGUGGAUCCAAAGAGUUUCUAUGACGAUACAAAAAGCCUGAUCAAGCACCAGGAUGCUGGCAGGGAGGAACCGACAAAAAAAUCCAAGUCCAAGAAGAAGGCUUCCAAAGACCCUAUCUUACCCGACGGAUCUGUCAAACUAGGCCGUCCAAAGAAAUCACAAGACGGUGAAGACGGAACUCCCAUCAACGCAGAGACCUCUCGGCGCCAGACCAGGAAGCGCAAGCACAAUGCUGAUGAAAGCCAAGACGCCAAAAUAGACCUCGUUUCGGCGGGUCCGUCUACGAAAAAGCGAAAGAUUACAAGGACUGACAGCGGCGAUGCUGAGAACUCUGCGCAAGCUAUUCCCAAGAAACGAGGGCGGCCACGGAAAGUCAGGAUUGAAGAUGAAGAUGCUCAAGUACCACAACCAGCUCGAGUGGUGACCCGGAGAACUGGGAAGAGAAAAGGCAACGGCGCCAUUGACCUUGAGGAUCAAGAUGCAGUCGCGGAUAACAUUCCAGAUAGUAUUCCUGACGUCGAAGAGCCACCAGCAAAGCGACUUCAUCGUUCCGCCUCUGUCGUGUCGCAGACAUUCGAAUUGCCCAUAUCAAAUCCGUCGGACCAGGCGGACAUAGCGGAGCCUAACGCAGAACUACGAGAUACCCUUAUUGGAGCAGCGGUACCAUUGGAAGCAGGAGCCGAUGAUAUACACGUCCCAUCUCCCCUGGUCGAACCCACAGACGUCGCUACAGCUACAAUACCAACACCAGACGCUAUGGUCGUCGCUGAAGAGAUACCGCAGGCAGCAAUUCAGCCACCGCCCUCAAUCACUGAGACUUCGGAGAUCGAGAUCCCCAUUGACCCGGCUUUGUUGGGAGAUUCUAUGCAGGAUGCAACAGAAGCAGACCAGCAACCGAACACGCCCAGGGGGAGAGUCAAUGUUUCUCAUCUUCGCCGAGAGAACGAAUUCUACCGGAUCAUUGAGCUAUUAGGAGGCAUCGUGAACACCCAGACGAAGGACAUAUACGAUGCUCAUUCGAGCCUCCUGGAAACCCUUUCACUGGCCGGAGAGCCCACCAGUUCUCCUGCUGGUAUCAGGACUGACAAACGUACCGCCACUGCGACGUUUAACAGCUUGGAAAGCCGUGGUAGAAUCAAGCAAAUAAAGACGUCCAUUCCUGGACCUACAGGUGUCAGUCGACCGACAGUCAUUGCGUACUUACUCGACACAUCAGAAGAGAAGUUGGCAACUUUCUUGACAGAAGUCGCGAAAGGGUCUAUUCCCAUUCCUCCCCAACCGGUUAUUGCUCGUAAGAUCGAUGAACCUGUGGAAUACGGACCAGAUCCUACUCUGAUAGCUCGUGAAGGCCUUCCGCUGCAGUUGUUGCAGAUGGAGAAUUCUUCUGGUUAUGACCAGGCCGAAAGGUGGAAGAAGAAUACUGCCCGUGCCGAAAAACUUUUCAGCCACGACGACAAUGUGAUUAAGGAGGUACUGCUGACGGAGCGGACUACACUGGGACAGAUGUAUGGAAACAUUGUCGCGAAGGGUUUGCGGUCCCGGGUGCUGCAUAUCACUGCCAUGAAAACCUUCGAAAACGCAGACCCAUCCCCGCAGAUUACAUCACAUGAGCACCGUGUAUUGAACUUGUCCUUUUUUUGCUACGAUCUACCACUCGGACUCUACUGCUCGUUGCUGUCCCCACUUUUCCACCAUGAUCAGCUCACCCAGUUUCUUGUGAAUCCAGAAUGCCGCCAAACGUUAGUACGAGAUUUGCCCCAGGGUUUGCGAUCAAUCCUUCAAAUUGGGAAAUCACGGGCGAGGUCUCGAUUCCUUGAUAUCCUUGAGCUUUUAAGACACCUCGGUCUUGUCGUCCCACUCACGCCAUCCAAGUCAGCAUCUCCGUGGCUGCGGUGCGACUCGUUGGGGGAUCAUCCGAAAGGUUAUGAACCGGCAUCUUUGGAAGGUUGGACAGCAAGCACUCCAACUACUGCGCCAGCUUACUGGCAGUUCAAGACGUCUGCCCCUCUGUAUCAUUGGGCAUCAUCAGAGUUGUCCCCUCCAUUCCUACAGAAUGUUGGCGUCAGUACUGCAGACGAAGUUUCUAAGUACUGGGAGCUACUCAGAGACGCAUGUACGAACAGUAGCAUUUUGCCUGCGAUUACCGAUGGCCAGGCUCCUCUAUCCAUCCCCACGGACUCUUCCAAGAUCUCCCGAUCUCUGCGUCGUUCAGUAUCUUGGAAUCCCAACUAUGUUUUCACUUGGCACCAAACCCAAUACCUUCGACGCUUCGUGAAUAUUGACACAGGAAAGACGCCUCUUGACCUGGAAGAUGGAGGUGCUGCGGAGAUCGCCAGAAUCUCUGGUAUCAUCAGUGCACCUCCCGACGCAGUGCGAGAACACUAUGUCACCGCUCACGAGAAGAUGGUGAAAGACCUAGCGAAGAUGGAGCGUCGACGGAAACGUGAAAGUUCUGAAACCUUUGCAAAAGAGGCCGCGGACGCCAAAGCUGCUCUCGCGAAGAGGGCAGCAGAUGCACGCCUACAUCGAGAGCAUGAAUGGGAGGAUCUAGUUAUGAAAGUCCAUCCAGAGCCAUCACCAUAUGCGAUUGUCCGUUUGCGAAAAAUUCAGACUCGAUUUCUCCAGUCUGUAGGGAAGGAGACGGAGUGGGAAAGCGAAAUAGAAAAGGCUUUUCGGGAAGCUGACUUCGCAUCAGCCCAAGUUUUGAAAACAUCUCAGGCACCCCCAGCACACAAAGCUAGGUCUCGUCUACCUCGAGUCGCUCCAUCAACCGUUUUGGUUCAGCCAACGCCAUCGACAGCAUCCCCCUCUGCUCCUACUCCGAUCACAACAAAUCCGGUAGAAAAAUCAAUUUGCGCUCUGAUUGCCGAGCAAGGUCCGCCUAUCAUUCCUCCACCUCGUACUGACUCCAAGCGAAAACGCAAACGAAAAUUAGAAGAAGCUGGAGUAGAAGAUCAAUCGCCGGAACCUAAAAUCAAACCCAUUACUCGUAGGCAUCGCUUCCAAUGGAAUAGGGAUUACGAAGAACUUGCUCGGGAUGCAUCGGUUAUCAUUAGAGCCAGAUGUCGAAAUGGGGUGCGACUGGAUUGGGGAGCGUUUGAACAAGUAUUUCCAGCGGUUCCCAGAAAUAGUGUCCGUCAACGUCUAGCGCACAUCCGAGAAUCGCCUGGCAAUGAGGCAUAUCUUACUCGUCUCGAAGACCGGUGGUAUGAUCUCUGGAUGAAGCGUCGAGGCACAACCAUCCUGCCGGAUGACGAUCUCAAUAGUGCGACAAACUUCAACCUGAUUCAUCACCUCGAGUUCCUGCGGAGUCAUAUUGACAAGAAUGCUCUGCGAGUCGGUUAUGCCCAACCGCAAGGAAAUUCAAAUGUAGAGUUGAUCAUACCCGAUACCGUGGAUGAUCUUUUAUACAGCUUCGAAGUCAUUGAAGCCGCAACAACUGGCCCAGUGUGGGACUUCAUGUGGAAUGGUGUUGUUGAGGAGGGUUGGGAAAAGCGCUUAACCUCAUUGCCGUUCCUUGAUUCACUUAGCGAUUUGAGUGAAACGCCAGUCGAAGACGUGCUUGCGAUAGCAGAAUCUGCACUGAAGAUGGCACUUGGUACUCCUCUUGAAAACUACAAUGCGGAAGGGGCGUCGACUCUUCUGCGAAGUGCUGCAGAAGAACAUAUAGUCACAUCUGCCACGAAAGGUCUUGUCAGUCGUGGCAUCCUGUCUAAGCUCGUCCGAGAUCAUCAUAGACAAAAACCCGGAAGACAGCUGAAGAUUUCUGACGCGAAUCUAGCAGCUUUGGGGGGAUCUAUCAGUAGUGAUCUAUUCCAGGAUGCUGCAGGGCUCGAAGAAGAUCUCACGGCUGGAGAAAGUGAUACAUGGAGAGAGUGGCCUUUAACUGCGACAGACGGAGACUCGGCAGCUCUAAUCCAGCAUGUGUCCGACAAUAAGGUCGAUUUCAAAGUAGAUACGACUAAUGCUCAAGCCGCACGACCAAUGCUUGACUGGAAUAGUAAGAAAGCGGGUAAGAUAAGGUUUCUUCAAGACAAUCGAACGGCUCGUCGUUAA